AAAAUGAAUUCUUCAUCAUUAGUUGGGAAGCACCAACCAUCUAUUGCACAGCCACAAAUACAGGAAUUCAGUAUUAGAGUACCAAAGAAUAAUAAAAAAAAGCAUAAUGUUAUGCGUUUUAAUGCAGUAUUAAAAGUAGAUUUUAAAGAAUGGAAACAAGUAAAAAUGGAAAGAGAAAAUAAUAUGAAAGAUUUUAAAGGUUUGGAAGAAGAUAUGCCAAAAUUUGGUGCAGGGUCUGAAUUUGGAAGAGAUGCCAGAGAAGAAGCAAGAAGAAAAAAAUUUGGGAUUACCAGUAGAAAAUACAAACCAGAAGAUCAACCUUGGAUAUUAAAAGCUAAUGGAAAGACAGGGAAAAAGUUUAAGGGUAUUAGAGAAGGAGGUGUUAGUGAGAAUGCAGCUUACUAUGUCUUUACACAUGCUCCGGAUGGUGCGAUAGAAGCAUUUCCUUUACAUGAGUGGUAUAAUUUUCAACCUAUUCAGAGAUAUAAAGCUCUAAGUGCUGAAGAAGCAGAACAGGAAUUUAGUCGAAGGAAUAAGGUAAUGAACUACUUUUCGCUAAUGUUGAGAAAGCGUUUACGUAAUGAUGAAGAUGGAGGUGAAGAUGGAGAUUUAUUGGAUGGUGAAAAGGGAAAGAAACCAACAAAAAAAGAGAAGGACUUACAAAUUUCAGAAAUGGAUGAGUGGAUGGACAGUGAUGACGAUGAUGACUCUGAUAGUGAUGUAAAGGAAGAAAAGAAGAAAUCUGAUGAAGAGGUUGAUGCAAAGAAAAAGAAAAAGAAAGGUGUUAUAAAAAAAAAAAAAAAGAAGAAUGCAUCCGAUGACGAAGCUUUUGAAGAAAGCGACGACGGCGAUGAAGAAGGAAGAGAAUGUGAUUACAUAUCUGACUCAUCUGCUUCAGAUUCUGAAUUAGAAUCACAGAAAGAAAUUAAAUCAGUUGCGGAGGAAGACGCUUUAAGAAAGUUGUUAGCGUCCGACGAAGAAGACGAAGAUGAAGAACAAGCAGAUAAAAAGGACGACGAUGAAAAAAAUGAUGAGGAAGACGGUAAAGAAAAGGAUGAAAAAGAUAAAGAUAAAUCCGGAAAAAGUAACGAUAAAAAAAAAGACAAAAAGAAAGGUAAAAAGAAAAAGGACGACGGCUCUGAUUCCUUUAGUGAUAUCGAGUCAGAAGCCGAACAAAAUAAAGAUUAUAAUAAGAAGCCAACUAGCUCACAAAGUUCAAGAUCCGCAACGCCUACACCAACUAUUACAGGCACAAUGGAUUCAUUGAAAAGAAAUAUUGGUAGCUCGUCUGAUUUGAUACAGGCAAAGAAAAUGAAACUCGAGAACAGUUAUAGUCUGUCAUCUUCGUCUUCUUAUAUUUCUGGAUCCAGUGAAUCUGGAAUAACAGAAGAUGCGGUGAGACGCUAUCUUAUGCGAAAGCCUAUGACUACUACAGAACUUUUGCAGAAAUUUAAGUCAAAGAAAACUGGACUUUCUUCUGAGCAAAUUGUUACUAUUAUGACUAAAAUUUUAAAAAAUAUCAACCCUGUAAGUCAAAAGAUUAAGGGUAAAAUGUAUUUUUCAAUUAAAGCUCAACAUCAUCAGCAACUCCAUUAAGAUGCCUUAUCAAAUAUUGAUUAGUUAAAACAUUUUUUGUUUUGUAUAUUUUAUGAUAUAUUAAAUUAUAUUAACAGCAAUA